AUGCCCAAGGAUUCCUCAGGCGUGCGCCACACAGGUGCCCAGGGCCUGUUCGACGAUGUGGACGAGAUGGCGCAGAUAGCGCAAAUAGCGCAGAUAGCGCAGCGAGCGGCGGCAGCAAAUACAGACGCGUACGAGAUGCAUGGAGUACAGAGCCGGGCGCGACGAGACCAGUGGUACGCGGGAGACAAAGAAGCGACGGUUGGACGGCGGAUGGCUUGGGACUCGCGCGUGUCGCGGUUCUUCGGCAAGAUUACAGGCAAGAAAGCGGAGGACGACGACGAAGACGGCACAAAAGACCUGGUGGCCAAUAUGGUGGCCAUGGCGGGCGGUAUCGCGGCAGGCGUCGGCGGAGGCUCACAGCAAAACCACAACAGAGGCGGCGGCGGAAGCGUCAGUUAUAGCAUUGCGCGCGGGGCACACGGCCACGAGCACAUGUGUCGCGAGGGCGAGGUCGAGGCGCUGGAAAGCCCGUGGUUGAAGGAAUGCGGCAUGGUCAGGGUCAAGAGCAGCGUUCCCGGCGGUUGUCAGAUUGUGUCCAAGAAUAUGCUCCAGCGGGAUGAUGGAGGCGGGGGUUGGUAG